UUCUCAGCAAACGUUUUCAAAUACAACUUAAAAACGAAGAAAUUACCAUAUGGUAUGUAGUUGAUAAAAAAAAGUUUCUCGAAAUAUAUUGAAAAUUGAUCUCAUUUUGUAGAUCACAAUUAACUCGUUCCAAACUUUUAAUCACAAGGAAAAGCAAUCCGCAAGGCCGGUCCAGCCUCCACCCUCCACUCUUGCUAGUUAGCCGUGCUAGGCAUGCGUACUAAAUACUCCCUUCAAAAUCACUGAUCAGCACUCAGCAGCUGGCCAUUUUCUUUUUGCCGAAGCAAUUGCAGCCACCUUCAAGUUUUCGUGUCCUUCCUAUAAUCGGAAUCAGCUUCAAACCUGAACCGAAAUUCAGCUGCUUCGCCUGCUUCAGGUAGGUCAGCGCUUCAUUAUUGUUCUAUUCAAAUGAUGUUCUCGGCCCGAACAUUACGGACGCAAGAAUGUUGAUCAUCUCUCAUCGCACAUUACGACUGAACCGGCCUUGCGGAUUGCUUUUCCUUGAAUUUUGAUCUUCUGAUCAGUCUCAUUUGCUGUGGAUGGUGUCGUUAGCAUCGCAUGCAACAUUGUCUCGCUCGUUAGAAUUGUAUUUCAAUUUUCUUCUUCUUCCUCCUCUUCACUGUCAUUUCCCUUACUGGACUGUAUUUCCUCGAAUCAUGAUCGCUAAUGGAGGUGUUGGAAAGAGUGUAGCUGCCUGCUUGCAUGCUGUCAUAGCAAGUAAUUCUUCAUCCUUCUUUUUCUGCGGUGAUGGCAAUUUUGAGAAGAUAAGUGGCCUUAUGGUGGUGGUCUUCUGCACUGGAUGAUUGUAUUGGGUUGGGGUAGGGUUUGUAUGUUCUCAUGCAUCUAAUCUGCCUGUUGCUGCUCCUUCCUUCACUUCUUAGUGCUUUAGGUGUUUUCAGACUUGCUAAUUUAGGGCUUUUGCUAUAGAUGCUAGUGUUGGGAUAUUAGGUUGCAUGCGCGUGUUGAAGUGCCUUUUGUCAUGAUGCUUGUGCUUUUGAUCUAUGAUAUAGUGAACUGGCUAAUGAUUCUGAUUUCUUAACACCGUGCUGACUUGCCUUCUCUGAGUCCUUUUUUCCCCACCUUUGGUUCUUGUCUUUCCAAAUGUGUUGGGUUUAUGUAGCGAUGACAUUGGAGAUGGUGGAUUAAUUAAGAACUAUUCACUUUGUCCAGUGAAGCUGUUAAGUUGGGAUGGUGACCAUGAUAGCUGUGAAUGUGGAGCCAGAUCGUCUUAGGGUUGGUUCUCGAGAAAGUAUUAACCGGACCGUUGAACAAGUACAGCAUCAGAAUUACACGAGCCAAUAUAGCAGACAAGAAGAGUUUGAGGAUAAUAGAAUCCCAAAUACUUCACAUGGUUCCCUAACUGGGUCUACUGUGUUGGAGCAGGGACAGUCUCCUGUGGACAAUGCUGGAGUUUCAUCUAGCACUAUCUUGCCUCCAGCACCUCUUUGUCGCCAGUUUUGGAAGGCUGGGAACUAUAGUGAUGCGCAUGGCUCCAAAGUCAAUCUUCAGAGUGGGAAAACCUGCCUCCAUGUUCACCCCAUGUUUCUUCAUUCAAAUGCCACUUCGCAUAAGUGGGCAUUUGGUGCAAUUGCAGAAUUGCUUGACAAUGCCAUUGAUGAGAUCCAAAAUGGGGCAACUUUUGUCAAGGUAGAUAAAAUCUUGAAUCCAAGAGAUGGGGGUUCAGCAUUGUUAAUUCAAGAUGAUGGUGGGGGAAUGGAUCCUGAAGCUUUCCGGCAAUGUAUGAGCUUUGGGUUCUCUGAUAAGAAGUCUACAGGAACUAUUGGACAGUAUGGUAAUGGCUUUAAAACCAGCAGCAUGAGGCUUGGAGCUGAUGUUGUUGUCUUCACUCGCCAUAUGCUGGAUAGAUGGGUCAUGACCGAAUAGUAGUGCCAAUGUUAAGUGCCAGCAUCGUACUUGAGUUGACAUUUACUCUACAAGCUUUUUCCUUGCCGUUUAUGUUUGAAGGAGAACUCUAACCUGUUAGAGUACACAUAGAAAUUCAACAAGUGAGCGAAUUUUCUCUAAACAAUUUACAUGUCUUUUAUACAUUGUUAUACAGGUGGAUUAUGAGUUUAAUACAGAAAAUGGCAAGUUGGAAAUUUCACAACGGCAUACCAAUGAGUCUUUCAAGGCUAAUCUUUCGCUGCUUUUGCAAUGGUCUCCAUAUUCUACUGAAUCAGAGCUUUUGAAGUUGGUAAAGCCUGAUGCAUUUUACAGUUUAAAUCUUAUGGAGAUUUCAUUGGCCUUUCCACAAUAUAGUACUAUCUCAACCAUUUGGGUGCUCAGUAGGAGAAUUUUAAAAAUCUAUUGUCAUAAUGUGGUGGUAAAAGAGUUCGUAUUCUGGGAGAUGAUUCUGUUUCCUUCACUAAUUAAUAAUUAUAUGAGGUGUUCGGAAUAUUUUUACUCUGCAGUGCUGGAAUCAGAAAUCUAAACAGAUUGCACUCUUGGAAACCACUCUUUUCACAUUCUGUUACAAUCAUACCAUCGUUCUUGCUAUAUUAAUCAUCCAGUCAUUAGUCACCCUCAUUCUCACAUCCUAAUUUUUUGUAAUCAUCCAAUAUUGUUGCAGUUUGAUGAUAUUGGAUUGCAUGGGACAAAAGUUGUGAUCUAUAACCUGUGGAACAAUGAUGAUGGAAACUUGGAAUUGGACUUUAAUACAGAUCCACAGGUUUGCCUCUGUUAUUUUCUUUGAAUGGGCUGAACUUUCUUAUGUCAGAUGGUUUUACAAAACUAAAUGGUUAGGAAGGGGCCUUUUGUUUGAAUAUCGUUCAAGUUUUGAAUGAGCUGGCAUUUAAAGCUUUCAGGAAAUCUUUGUACAAUUAUUAAUAACUCCAGUUAAAUUGAUCAAAAGCAAAGUGCCAUUGUUUUCAUCUGUAAAAUAUUUGUUUUCCAAGAUACUAUGUUCUUAUAUAUCCUUGUAAUAAUAGUUAGUGUUUUUUUUUUCUGCCUUGAAGGGAGCACAGUAAUUAUAUGCUGUAGUUCUCAAGCUAAGAUCGCAGUUGACCUUUCAUAGAGAUUGUAGGACCAUAAUUGAUCCUGGAAAGGAUGAUGGAGAAAGAGUAUAUCAUAUAUGGGGAGCAGCUCCAAGUAAUUUUACAGUGACAAGGUCCUGAAAAAACUAAAAAGCAUCUUUUUACACUUAAUUGAACAGUAUGAGUGGUUUUGUCAUUCGAUUGUAAUUCUUCAAAUCUUGAACACUCUUAAUUUUUGUUUCCCUAGAAAGCAACUGCCUGUUGCCUACUUGUCAUAUAUCUCUAAGGUGACAAAAAGAAGGGUGAACUUAAUCACUCAUGCUAACCAAGGAUGCUUACACUUUGUAUUGGUCUUGAGUAGCAUUGUAGCAUAAUUUCUCACUAUAUCAUGAACUCAAAGUUCAGUCUGCGUGCUCUCUUGGUGACAGUCAUUUGCUUCAUCCCUCUUCCUUAUUUCAUACCUCCCCGUCAAACUUUGAUCUGUCUGGACGUCUUGCUGUACUAUGCAUUUAUCCAUCCCUUGUUAAGUAAUUUAACAGGGAAUCUGGUGUUCCAUAGACAUGAAUAUUAUGACCGCUGAAAUAAUGGAGAGAUCACUAAUCUGGGGCUCCUUUUGGAAUCUAGUAUAAGACUUUUGAUCUGAACUUGAGUUGGUUUUGCUGUUCUAUAGGACAUUCUUGUUGAAGGAGAUUCCAGAAAGAAAGAAUCACCUUCUGCUUGGAGGAUAGCAACUGAACAGCACAUUGCCAAGCGCUUACAGUACUCUCUCCGUGUAAGUUAACAGUGAACCACAUUCCUUGCUUUUGCUGUAAGUGUUUUUUGAACCCAUCUUACUCAUUCGUUUUGCUUCGUAGGCAUAUAUGUCCAUCUUGUACCUGCGAAUUCCUGAAACUUUCAGUUUAAUAUUGCGAGGGCAAGUUGUUAUGGACCAUAAUCUUGCUGAUGAUCUCAAAUUUCCAGAAUAUAUCUUGUAUAAACCUCAGGCUGGUGGACUAAGAGAGGUAUGCUAGCUUUUCUAUAUACUUUGCUCGUGUUCUCAAGUCUUAGCAUUGGCCACUCGAGCUCAUAGAUGCCCGUCCGGCCAUGUUAGUCAACCUUUAGGUUGCAGUUUAAUAUCAAAGCAAUACCACAAGUAUCUAAUGAAAUAGUGGGUUGCACCUUGUCAUGUUGUGUCCCAUCUUUAAGUUAAGAUCUUUGUGGUUGUGUCAUAGUUCCCAUUAUUUUAAAUUGAGAUUGUCGUAUUUGCCCUAGUAGAUAUGUUUUGGUGUGGUGGAGUGGAGAGGCGUAGUAGGGGCUGCUCAUGGAAACUACUAGUAAGAAAGAAGUCUAAAUUUCCAGUUGUGAAAUACUGUUAAUUGUUUAUAACAUAUACCUUUCUCUAGUUCGAUGGAGGAUGUGGUUUCAUAACACAAAUGAAGCUGUGAUGCAUGCCUGUUCUUGAUAGCUCGAUUUUGCAUCUUGUUUCAUUUCUUAUCUGCUGAUGCUGCAACUACACUGCAAAGCAUAAACCCCCAUAUGGUUGUAGGAGAUUGUUUUAUCUUAUUCACUUUCUAGGUUCACGUGAUAACUACGAUUGGAUUUGUAAAAGAUGCACCACUGGUCAAUAUCCACGGCUUCAAUAUUUAUCACAAGAACCGUCUAAUAAAGGUAAGUUUAUCUUAACACUCUAUUCUAUUGCUCUCCUUUCUUACAAAACCAAAUAUAAAAUCUCUAAUUUUACUAAUUUCUCUAAGAUGUUAGAUAUAUUCGAACUCACGGCCAAUGUGUUGAUGAAGUUUCCAUCCAGUGUAUUAGCCUGUUCCAGUUUUGUCGGCAUUGAUUAGGAGUUUUGAGAAAACCCUUUACCAGAAGCUGUUUCGACAUAUAUGCACUUGAUAUGGUAGUUAAAGAGCUACCACUGUGUCUUCCUUAGGCAGUUGUGUUCACCAGACACCAAGAUUGUCAAACCAGUUUAAACUUUAAACUGUUAGCAGGUGAAGCAAGGUGGUAUGGUUCGACCAGUGUCCAACCCAUUUAUACUGGUUUUGAAAAAAUAUGCGGGGAAGUG